AUGACGACAGCCACGCCACCCUCCCUCGCGCUCCCAGGCCAGCUCCUCGGCCCCAGCUCCCGAUACCGCGCCGGGCCGGGCACUCACAUCCACGAAGCGAACCUGUACUCGUCGCUGCUGGGCGCCGUGUCCAUCACGCAGCCGGCCAAGCCCGCGGGGCCGACGAAGCGGCCCAACAAGAUCGUCAAGCCCGGCAUGCUGUCGGCGAGCUCGUCCGAGAACCUGCCUACGAUAUCGGUGCAGCGGCGGAGGCGGGCGGCGGCGGCGCUCCCCGAGGUCGGCGACGUGGUGCUGUGCCGCGUCACGCGCGUAUCACACCAGCAGGCCAUCGUGGCCAUCCUGGUGGUGGGCGACGCCGUGCUCGACGCGGAAUGGCAGGGUGUGAUCCGGGUCAGGGACGUCAGGGCGACGGAGAAGGACAGGGUCAAGAUUGGGGAGAGUUUCAGGCCCGGUGAUAUUGUGCGGGCGCAGGUGAUUUCACUCGGAGACCAGGCCAACUACUACCUCACGACCGCCAGCAACGAGCUUGGAGUCAUAAUGGCCAACAGCGAUGCCGGCAAUCCCAUGUAUCCGGUCAGCUGGAAGGAGUUCAAGGAUCCAGAGACGGGGUUGAGCGAGCCGAGAAAAGUGGCCAAGCCUUGA